AACCAGACGCGGCACAGAACACACCUCACACGCAGAAUGACAGCCAAAAUCAAGCUGCGGUCGCAGCUGCAUCUCAUGACUGGCUUCAUGGCGGGAUUUAUCUUCGCCUUCGUGCUGCUCCUGUACGUCUACGAUGUGAACCGUGCGUCACCGUGGUGCACCAGCUCCUCCACAUUGCCGACGGCCACAACAGCACCCCUGGCAAGGUUUGAGGAGGCGCCGGCCGCAAGGAUUCUCUGCAUGGUGCUCACCUGUCCAGAGAAUGUGCAGAGUUUGGCGCGACAUGUCCAUGCCACUUGGGGCAAGCGAUGCAGCCGCCUGGUGUUUGUCAGCAGUGAGAGCUACGAGCCGCUAGGAGUCGUCCAGGUUGUGGAUCCCAGCGGUGGCGGCUAUGAGGAUCUGUGGAACAAGACCCGCGAGGGUUUCCGCCAUAUCUGGCAGGAGUACGGACAGGACUUCGAUUGGUAUCUGAAGGCAGACGAUGAUACUUAUGUCAUCAUGGAGAACAUGCAGUACCUGCUCUCCGCCUAUGACCCGACAACGCCUGUGUAUUUGGGCUACAAGAUGACCCGCUAUAAUGUGAGCUACAUGUCUGGCGGCGCCUCCUAUGUCCUGAGCCGCGAGACCCUGCAUCGUUUCAUGACCCAAGCUUAUGAAUCUGAAGUGGUUUGUCCGCAGCCCAAGAGAAUGGGCAUUGAGGACUUCUACAUGGGCAUCUGUCUGCAGAAUGUGGGCGUUCAUUUGGUGGACUCUGCACAGGCGCUGGGAGGGGACGACGCAAAGCACAAAUUCAUGCCAUUGGAUCUGGAGAGCUAUAUGUCCGACUCUAACGCUACAACCCCGGACUGGUUGCGGCUGAUGAGUGUGUCCGAGGUCGAAACUGGCUUCAAUUGCUGCUCCAAUUAUUCGGUGGCCUUUCAUUAUGCCAGCCCCGAACGGAUGUACCUCUAUGAGUUUUUGCUUUAUCAUCUACGAGUUUUUGGACGCCGCGAACCCUCAGAGCAUCACACCAGACACCACUUGACCGCAACGGAUUUGAUGAGGAGAUUUCCACUGGAGGACAAUUCGUUCAUAAAAGAUUUACAAAAAAUGUCAGAGAAGCCAGAUAAUUUCUAAAUUCUACAUAUAAGACUCCCGCCUUCUUCAUGUGAUUCUAAUAUUAAUAAAUUAGGCAUAAGAAACUUUA